CUCUGAGCGAGGCUGGUGAAAUGGCUGAGGCUAGAGUCUCUGUGAAUUUGGAUGAGUUCUCCUGUCCUAUCUGCUUAGAUCUGUUGAAAGAUCCUGUCUCUCUUCCCUGUGGACACAGUUUCUGUAUGUCCUGCAUCAACACACAGUGGGAUGGAGCGGUUCGCAGCAGAGUUUACAGCUGCCCCAUGUGUAAACAGCGUUUCAGCUCACGACCAGUCUUGGGCAGGAACAUCAUGUUGGCUGAAAUGGUGGAAAAGCUGAAGAAGACACGUGUUCCUGAAAGAACCCUCGCUGGACCUGAAGAUGUGGAGUGUGACGUCUGUGUUGGGAAAAAACAUAAAGCUGUGUAUUCCUGUCUGGUGUGUUUAGCUUCAUACUGCGAAGUUCACUUCAAUCUUCACAAAGAGCUGAACCCGGGCAACACACACAAAGUGACUAAAACCAGGUACAAGCUCAAAGACAGGAUCUGCAGCUGGCAUAACAAGCUUCAAGAUGUUUUAUGCUUCACUGAGGAGACACUUGUGUGCAGGGAGUGUCUUCUGUGUAGGUGUACAAGCCAUAACACCACAACAUGCACAAAUCAUCGAUAUCGACAACAGCAAGAGAUUGGAAAAAUCCGGACACAGGUUCUCCAGAGAACUCGAGCAGCAGAGAACAGCGUGAGAGAUUUAAAGAAAGCAAUACAGUCAAUCAAGUCCUCUGCAAAGAAAACACUGGACCAAAGUGAGAAGAUCUUUCAGGAAUUGAUCAGCUCAGCUGAAAGGACACGCUCAGAGAUUAGAGGAAUAAUCAAAGCUACAGAAGAAGCUGAAGUGCAGCGAGCACAGGAAAUUCUGAAGCGAAUGGAACAGGAAGUGACUAAGCUGAAGAAGAGCGCUGAUGAACUGGUUCAGCUUCCACAGUUAGACGAUGACUUCCUCUUCCUCAGGACCUCCAGGCCCCUGUUUGACUUCUCAACAUUUGAUGAUGUUACACACAUUACUGUCGACCUGUCACCUUUGAAAGAAAUACAAAACUCUGUGUCUGAGCUGGCCAUAAAAGUGAAGAAGUUCUGCAUGACCGGAUUACACACGACGUCCAGCUCAGUAAACAGAUGCCACAUGGUUCAAACUUCUGUUCCGAUGUUCAGAGAGGAUUUUCUUCAGUAUUUUCGUCAGAUGACAGUGGAUCCUAGAACAAACCACAGGGACCUGAAACUUUCUGAAGGAAACAGAAAAAUAACCUUCGAAGGCACAAAUCCGAACAAUGACCGAGGGCCUGAGAGAUUUAACUACUACGCUCAGGCUCUGUGUAGAGACGCUGUUCAGGAACGCUGUUACUGGGAAGUGGAAUGGGGAGGCCAGCAGGUUUACAUCGCAGCAUCAUACAGAGGAGUGGAAAGAACAGGCUGCUGUUCUGAUGUGGGCUUUGGACACAAUGAUAAAUCCUGGAGUUUAUGUUGUAAUUCCUCUCAGUUUGUGUUCUUUCACAACGCCCAUAAGACUGUUAUUUCAGGUCCGGUGUCCACAAGAAUAGGAAUUUAUCUGGAUCACGCAGCCGGGUCUCUGUCCUUCUACAGCAUCACAGGCACUAUGACACUCCUCCACCGCGUCCGCACCACGUUCACCGAGCCCCUGUACGCAGGAUUCUGGGUGUUCAAUGACUCCAGUGUGAAACUGUGUGAGAAAAACGAGAAAGUAACGAGAAACCUUCCUCAAACACGUCCUACUGCUGCCAAUACAAGAUCAGAUGGGUUUCAAUUUUAUUUUAACAGUGAUUGCAAUUUAUAUAUUAAGUCUUGGUUUUAACAGCACUAGACCCAGAAAAGCUGUUUUCCUUAUAAACAUUUUUAUUCUAGUUUUGUGGGUAAGUUAGGACAAUAGAUGCUUUCAGGAGUGUAACAUAGGAGGAGGUAAAUAAUUCAUUACAUAUAUUUAGUUUGGUAAUGUGAUUAUUUUGUCCCUUGCAAAUUAAUACCAUACUGUAUACCCUGCAGUUUUCUGUCUUUCUUUCUUUCUUUCUUUCUUUGCAUGUGUUAACUAUUGGUGUAAAGACUAAUUUAAGCCCUUCUAGUUUUAAAUGUCUGGUUUUAACACUAUCCUCUCUAUACCUUUGAACAUAUUAAAGACAUUUAUUUAGUAGUCUUUGGGUUUGAAUGGUUCCAGUAAUCACUCACUGAGCACGGUGUUAAAGCUGUGUUAAAGGAUCGGGAUAAUUAUUAAAGAUUAUAAUUAUUAAAGAUUGCAGAACCGAA